UAGUAAAAUAUAUACAAGAAACAUCAAUAUGAUGUCGACAGAUAUUUAUUAGAAAAUAUUUAAGUGUUUAUUGCUACAUGAGAUAAUAUAGGGGUGUCUCAAUUUUCCAGAUUGUUCAAAAAACAAAAAAUAAACACAAAAACAUUGUAUAUAAGUAGGAUGGCGAGACUUGUUAAUAUAUGGCAAAGCUAUCUUCCACCUGCAUUGGAGAAAAAACAAAUGCCGUUAAUUAUCGAUAAAAAUCUUGUAAUGGUGAUGGAUAUAAGUGGAUUGAAAGCUUUAAGAGAAAGUCCAUUAGUUCAAGGAAAACAAUUGGAUGAAUUUUCAAGAAAACUUAACUUGCUUAACAUAGAAGAAAAAAAGGCUUCGUUUGAAGUAGCUUGUAAAGAUAUAUUAAGUGUUCUUGAUCAAACUGUUCCUUGCAUUGGUUGUAGAAGAAGUGUGGAAAGGUUAUUUUAUGAUUUAAGUAAUCUUAAUAGUCAUCCAGCAUUAGAUCCAAUAAUAAUUACUUCAGAUGGUAUGUUAACAAUAGAAGAAGAAGUUCUCCAGUCUUCUCAACGAUUGUGUACACUGCUACAAGGACACAGUACAAGACUGAACGAUUUAGUAGAACAACAACCCCGUAAUAAAAAAUCACGCAGGUGUACUUUGCAUUCAUUAGAAAUACAACGAAUGAGACCUCCUCCGAAUGCAUGGAAAGAGGUCUGGGAUUGUAUGGAGCAUGAUUGUUUAAAAGAAAUAACAUUUAUAGACGCUGAUACAUUAGAUGCUACUUUAAAUACCUAUCUUCAUAAACAUAAAUUUUGUUCCGAAUGUCGAACUAAAGUGCUUUUAGCUUCAUCAUUAUUAACUACUGAGAGCGAUCCAAUUAAAGAAAAAGGUUAUGUUAGUUCUUUAUAUGCAGAUAUAAAGCGUUGCACAGGUGGUCAUAUUCACCUUCCUCUAAAUAUUGAUUAUAUUGGUUCAAUUAUUAGAAGAGCACAACCAGAACUCAUGGGAAGAGAACGACAUGCCAAAACUCUAGAAAUUGCUCAAGAGGAAGUUCUUACGUGUCUUGGUAUUUGUGUUGCUGAACGUUUAAAUCGAAUAUUUCGACGUCUUAAAGAGGAAGAAAUCAUUGUCAAAGUAUUAGCUGCAGUAGCUAUAGAUACACUUUCUAGAAAUUUUCAAAUGGCCAUUGAAUAUAAACAAGGAGUAACGCAAUUAGAAGUUCUUUAUAAGGAGUUAAAAAAAGAAGAAGUUUUUAAACAACAACGGCGUGAAAAAUUACGACUUAAAAGAAAAAAAAAGAAAGAACGUCGUUUUGAAAUUGAAGAAAAAGAAAAUCAAUGUCUAGAAAAGGAAAAUGAGUGCGAAUUACAGGUACUAGAUACAAAAAACAAGGUGCCACUGAAUUGUAAUUGCCCAGAUUGUAAAAAGAAUACUCAUUCUAAUGAAAAACACUCUAAAUCACAAGUUCUUUCUUUUGUAUCAAAUAAAAAAGAAGAAAAGAAGAAGAAAAAAAUAGAGUCAAAAGUAGUAAAUAAUAAUACAAAAGAAGUCAGUAAACGUGAAAAAAUUAAUAAAACCAUUUGUGUAGAUAAGCAACCUGAACCUUAUAAGACAAGUCAAAGUAAUAAUAAACAUUUGAAUGAAUGGCAAAAUACAAAUGAAUGUACAAAUUCAUCUUCAUCUGAUCAUUUAAUAGAUGCACUUAUGGAUACAAAUAAAAGAUACACAAUGUGGAUUGAAGUUAAGAAACGCCUAAAUACUAAAGUUAUAAAUAGGAAUUGUCGGUCUUCUAGUGAAUAUUCUUCACAAGAUUAUGGGUAUUCAUCAGAACAUAAUGUUAGUAGUUCAUCUUUACCAAGUACACCAGAAGGUUCUGAACUAGCAUGUGCUGAUGGUUGCUGCAAUCUUGAAAGUGAAUGCUCAGAUGUAAGACCAACAGAUAAGCUUAUUCAUCUGAAUCCAAGUCUUUGUAUAUUAAAGAAACAUGGAGGAGGAUUAACAUUAUCGCAAAUGUUAGAAAAUUCCUGUUUAUCUGAAGAUGAAGAUAAUCAUAGUUAUAUUCCUUUAGAAGAAAUAUUAGAAUUUAAAUCACGUAUGUGCCAGGUUACCGAAAAACGUAAGGAACUUCGUCAAAUGUUAAAAAAACGUUUUGCAAUGCUUUGUAGUCAUAAGUCUUUCACCAUUCCACAUUGAUAAUUUCUCUAUUACUAAUUGUUAAGUGAAUUUUUUAUAUUGAUUUUAAUACG